AUGGGGUCUCAUAGACUUGUUACUUCCCCAGUCCUUUCUCCCUACCGCUCACAGCAUGGGCAUAAGGAAAAUAUCGUUGGGACAUCUGAAUGUUCCAUUGAGCUUCAAGAUGGCAGAGUAAUUCUUUUGAAGAUGUCGAAAGGGACAUACUUGGUACCAAAUUCAGCAACAGGAGUUACUCAAGCUGCAAACAUCCUUACAGUGCGUGUUCAAAUUAGUGAAAGGACUUCACUUAUUAGUUCACUCAGUGGUGAUAUCCUGAGUGAUAGCAGUACGAAAUUCUUGGAUACACUCUUAAAUACUUCUUUGUCUGACACAUUGGUAUCGGCUCAUUGUAAGAAGUGUCCAAAUUGUGUAUUUACCAAAGUAAAGUUUAGGAGAGUGAUGCCUCUUCCAUCAGUGGACUGGGAUCAUUCAUCUGAGAAUUGGUUCUGUCAUCUUCAUGGAGAACAUGGACAGAAACUAAAGCCAGCAUCACUUCAGCCUCAACAUGAUGAAUGCUUUUACACAGAAUUGUAUUUUCUCAUGCACAACAGCAUGAUGGAAUGUAUUAAUUGCAUACGAAAUUUUGGGAAAACUCUUAAAAACUUCUUUGCUGACACAUUUGGAUCGGCUCAUUGUAAGAAGUGUCCAAAUUGUGUAUUUACCAAAGUAAAGUUUAGGAGAGUGAUGCCUCUUCCAUCAGUGGACUGGGAUCAUUCAUCUGAGAAUUGGUUCUGUCAUCUUCAUGGAGAACAUGGACAGAAACUAAAGCCAGCAUCACUUCAGCCUCAACAUGAUGAAUGCUUUUACACAGAAUUGUAUUUUCUCAUGCACAACAGCAUGAUGGAAUGUAUUAAUGCCAAGUGUGAUGAUGGCAUGCUCAAGUGCUCUGGAUGUGGAACACUCCUGGGUGAGAAUACUGACCUCUUGGUCAAGAUUUGGGCUCUGAAUCUUAAGUGGCUAACACAGCAAGGGGAAGUCAUAUAUGAUAGAAAUUCUAGCGAGAUAUUGCUGUCCUUGUUUCACAGUAUUGACAAGGAUAAUUUUGGAGUAAACUGUCAGUUAGUACUGGAAGUACAAACAGUACCAAAGAAAUACAUGUACAUGGUGACAAUGAAUACGAACCAAAAAUUGCUGGUUUCAGAUGUUUCAAACUUAACCUCGUGUGAACCGGUGGUCCAGAAGCUAUGUCUGGAAGACAAGGACAUCAGUUUAAAGAAAAUUUAUGCCAUCAAAUUACUGUACCUAAUAAAGGAAGGUGAGGACAGUCAAACAGGGCAAUGGGUUGAUGACAUUGGUGUACAUAUCAUUCCCUGCAGCAGCUUAUUUUUCCAUGAAGUAAAAACCAUGUUAGAAAAUUCUACUUAUUUCUUACCUGAUAAUGUUAAAGUUAUUGAAAAUAUGAACAUAGGUUAUAUUGUAAAAUAAUGUCUUUUAAUAAAACCUACAAUUGCAGUUACA